GCAGAUACGUCCGCCGCGCCACAACAAUGUCGGAAGCCGCCGACAGCUUCAAGGACAUCGCUGUGCCCGAGGGCAGCGACCGGCGCGAGCUGUACAAGAGCCCGUACCGAGCCAUCUACACGUACAAAAUGUCUGCGCAGGAGCUCGAUGAAAAAUUCCGCGAGGCCAUCACUGGCGACCACCAGAAGGGCGGGUGGCAGAUCAAAAACGACGAGCGCGUGAAGUAUGUUGGCAAGCUGGAGGUGUCCAAGGAGGUGAGCGAGGAUGGAGACCCCUCCAACAAAAAGAAGUUGGACUACAAGGUGAGCUUUGAGGAUUACCCCGAGGCGGGCAUGUCUGCCCUCAAGUACUACACCAUCCAGUCGUACACAAAGUGAAUGCGCGCGUUGCGAGGACGAGGCAACAGAGAGAGGAGAGAGCAGCAGUACGCGUAUCGCCAGCCCAUGUCACCCGAGGCCUGAGGGGCGGCUCCGAGGCAGCCGCACGGCCUGGACACUCGAGGGCAUUUGCUACUGUGCGCGGCAGGAGCGCCGCCGCGAGACAUCCCACCUGUCCGGGGGCGCCUUGCAGCUGUCAGAGACAAACGCUGCCUGCCACAUGCGACGCGCGACGCCGCAGUGCAUGCUCGUUUGCAGCUCUUGCCAGUGCCCUGUCUCGUGUGUCUGCGCGGGUGUCCCGAGAAUUAUUGGACUAGGAGUAGGAAUUGAACGUUCGUGUGUACAAGCUACAACGUAA